AGAGUCUCGGCGCGGGAAACGGAGCAGCAGUGCGUGGCCGAGCUCCGCGGUGUCGCAUGUUUUGCGCCCCGCGGGAUGGGGCCGCGCCGUGGCCGUCCGGGGCGCUGCGCGCCGAGCCCCGCGCGAAUCCCACAGGAGGGCGCGUCCCACGCGCUCUGCCGGGGCGGGUGCCGAGUGCCCGGCGCCUGCACGGGUCCCUGCUGAGCUGUGCUUUCUUCCGCGGAGGGCGGGCAGGCAGGAGGUGCCCGCGCUGUCCCAGGCCGGGCGGCGGUGUGGGCGGGGAGCGGCCCCUCCCCGGAGCCCCGGGCCAGGCCGGGCCGACGGCUGGCGGACCGGCCGCUGGCUCCUGUUGCAGCCUCCCGCGUCAGACUUUUCUUUGGAAAGUUGCGUUUAUUUUCUUCUCUUGUCUGGGCUUCACCGGAAAGGGGCAGGAUGAGUCACUGCGGCGCGCACAGUCCGGGACUUGGGGGAGCCGGGACGGGGGCCGACGGCCGCGGCGCCGCGGGGUGCUCAGGCCCGGGCCGGCUUUCUUGAGGAAGAGUCUCAGGUGGGGAAGGAGAGAGUUCUGCAAACGGCAAACAGGUGUGAUGUGGUGGUACCUGGGCAUCCCAUGCAGCUUCUCAGAGCUCUGGGCCUGGGCAGGCCUGCUGGAAAAGCCCCAGGGACCUGCAUGCUUUCUCCCGAGUGCGGGUCAGGCCUUCCUGUAGUCUUCCGCUCCCCCCAGGCACUGCAGUCCUGCCUGUCGUGGAGCCAGGACUCUGUUGUUCUGAAAGUGCUCAGAAAAUGCAGCUUGAGUCAGCAGAAUGAGUUUGAAGAUAAAAAUACAGCUGUGGAUGAAUGUACAGCUGUGGACAGACAGGCCCCAAUUUAGUGGAUGAAGUUUCACUCUUGUUGCCCAGGCUGGAGUGCAAUGUCACGAUCUCAGCUCACUGCAGCCUCCGCCUCCUGGGUUCAAGUGAUUCUCCUCCCUCAGCCUCCCAAGUAGCUGGGAUUACAGGCACCCGCCACCAUGCCUGGCUAAUUUUUGUAUUUUUAGUAGAUACAGGGUUUUACCAUGUUGGCCAGGCUUGUCUUGAACUCCUGACCUCAAGUGAUCUGCCCACCUCAGCCUCCAACGUGCUGGGAUUACAGGCACCCGCCACCAUGCCUGGCUAAUUUUUGUAUUUUUAGUAGAUACAGGGUUUUACCAUGUUGGCCAGGCUUGUCUUGAACUCCUGACCUCAAGUGAUCUGCCCACCUCAGCCUCCAACGUGCUGGGAUUACAGGCGUGAGCCACUGCACCCAGCCAGAAAGACAGUUUCUAUAUUGGCUGCUUCACUAGGAUCUGAGUGAUGAGAUGUGUCCCCACUGAGGUGCCCCACAGCAGCAGGUGUUGAGCAUGGGCUGAGAAGCUGGACCGGCACCAAAGGGCUGGCGGAAAUGGGCGCCUGGCUGAUUCCUAGGCAGUUGGCGGCAGCAAGGAGGAGAGGCCGCGGCUUCUGGAGCAGAGCCGAGAUGAAGCAGUUCUAGAGUGCUUGAACGGCCCCCUGAGCCCUACCCGCCUGGCCCACUAUGGUCCAGAGGCUGUGGGUGAGCCGCCUGCUGCGGCACCGGAAAGCCCAGCUCUUGCUGGUCAACCUGCUAACCUUUGGCUUGGAGGUGUGUUUGGCCGCAGGCAUCACCUAUGUGCCGCCUCUGCUGCUGGAAGUGGGGGUAGAGGAGAAGUUCAUGACCAUGGUGCUGGGCAUCGGUCCAGUGCUGGGUCUGGUCUCUGUCCCACUCCUAGGCUCAGCCAGUGACCACUGGCGCGGACGCUAUGGCCGCCGCCGGCCCUUCAUCUGGGCGCUGUCCUUGGGCAUCCUGCUGAGCCUCUUUCUCAUCCCAAGGGCCGGCUGGCUGGCAGGGCUGCUGUGCCCGGAUCCCAGGCCCCUGGAGCUGGCACUGCUCAUCCUGGGCGUGGGGCUGCUGGAUUUCUGUGGCCAGGUGUGCUUCACUCCACUGGAGGCCCUGCUGUCUGACCUCUUCCGGGACCCGGACCACUGUCGCCAGGCCUACUCUGUCUAUGCCUUCAUGAUCAGUCUUGGGGGCUGCCUGGGCUACCUCCUGCCUGCCAUUGACUGGGACGCCAGUGCCUUGGCCCCCUACCUGGGCACCCAGGAGGAGUGCCUCUUUGGCCUGCUCACCCUCAUCUUCCUCGCCUGCGUAGCAGCCACACUACUGGUGGCUGAGGAGGCAGCGCUGGGCCCCACCGAGCCAGCAGAAGGGCUGUCGGCCCCCUCCUUGCCGCCCCACUGCUGUCCAUGCCGGGCCCGCUUGGCUUUCCAGAACCUGGGCGCCCUGCUUCCCCGGCUGCACCAGCUGUGCUGCCGCAUGCCCCGCACCCUGCGCCGGCUCUUUGUGGCUGAGCUGUGCAGCUGGAUGGCACUCAUGACCUUCACGCUGUUUUACACGGAUUUCGUGGGCGAGGGGCUGUACCAAGGCGUGCCCAGAGCUGAGCCGGGCACCGAGGCCCGGAGACACUAUGAUGAAGGCGUUCGGAUGGGCAGUCUGGGGCUGUUCCUGCAGUGCGCCAUCUCCCUGGUCUUCUCUCUGGUCAUGGACCGGCUGGUGCAGCGAUUCGGCACUCGAGCAGUCUAUUUGGCCAGUGUGGCAGCUUUCCCUGUGGCUGCCGGUGCCACAUGCCUGUCCCACAGUGUGGCCGUGGUGACAGCUUCAGCCGCCCUCACCGGGUUCACCUUCUCAGCCCUGCAGAUCCUGCCCUACACACUGGCCUCCCUCUACCACCGGGAGAAGCAGGUGUUCCUGCCCAAAUACCGAGGGGAUGCUGGAGGCGCUAGCAGUGAGGACAGCCUGAUGACCAGCUUCCUGCCAGGCCCUAAGCCUGGAGCUCCCUUCCCUAAUGGGCACGUGGGUGCUGGAGGCAGUGGCCUGCUCCCGCCUCCACCGGCGCUGUGCGGGGCCUCUGCCUGCGACGUCUCCGUACGUGUGGUGGUGGGUGAGCCCACCGAGGCCAGGGUGGUUCCGGGCCGGGGCAUCUGCCUGGACCUCGCCAUCCUGGAUAGUGCCUUCCUGCUGUCCCAGGUGGCCCCGUCCCUGUUGAUGGGCUCCAUCGUCCAGCUCAGCCAGUCUGUCACUGCCUAUAUGGUGUCUGCCGCAGGCCUGGGUCUGGUCGCCAUUUACUUUGCUACACAGGUAGUAUUUGACAAGAGCGACUUGGCCAAAUACUCAGUGUAGAAAACUUCCAGCACAUUGGGGUGGAGGGCCCGUCUCGCUGGGUCCCAGCUCCCCACUCCUGUUAGCCCCAUGGGGCUGCCGGGCUGGCCGCCAGUUUCUGUUGCUGCCAAAGUAAUGUGGCUCUCUGCUGCCACCCUGUGCUGCUGAGGUGCGUAGCUGCACAGCUGGGGGCUGGGGCGUCCCUCCCCUCUCUCCCCAGUCUCUAGGGCUGCCUGACUGGAGGCCUUCCAAGGGGGUUUCAGUCUGGACUUCUACAGGGAGGCCAGAAGGGCUGCAUGCACUGGAAUGCGGGGACUCUGCAGGUGGAUUACCCAGGCUCAGGGUUAACAGCUAGCCUCCUGGUUGAGACACACCUAGAGAAGGGUUUUUGGGAGCUGAAUAAACUCAGUCACCUGGUUUCCCACCUCUAAGCCCCUUAACCUGCAGCUUCGUUUAAUGUAGCUCUUGCAUGGGAGUUUCUAGGACGAAACACUCCUCCAUGGGAUUUGAACAUAUGAAAGUUAUUUGUAGGGGAAGAGUCCUGAGGGGCAACACACAAGAACCAGGUCCCCUCAGCCCAGAGCACUGUCUUUUUGCCGAUCCACCCCCCUCUUACCUUUUAUCAGGAUGUGGCCUGUUGGUCCCUCUGUUGCCAUCACAGGGACACAGGCAUUUAAAUAUUUAACUUAUUUAUUUAACAAAGUAGAAGGGAAUCCAUUGCUAGCUUUUCUGUGUUGGUGUCUAAUAUUUGGGUAGGGUGGGAUCCCCAACAAUCAGGUCCCCUGAGAUAGCUGGUCAUUGGGCUGAUCAUUGCCAGAAUCUUCUUCUCCUGGGGUCUGGCCCCCCAAAAUGCCUAACCCAGGACCUUGGAAAUUCUACUCAUCCCAAAUGGUAGUUCCAAAUGCUGUUACCCAAGGUUAGGGUGUUGAAGGAAGGUGGAGGGUGGGGCUUCAGGUCUCAAUGGCUUCCCUAACCACCCCUCUUCUCUUGGCCCAGCCUGGUUCCCCCCACUUCCACUCCCCUCUACUCUCUCUAGGACGGGGCUGAUGAAGGCACUGCCCAAAAUUUCCCGUACCCCCAACUUUCCCCACUGGCUCCACAACCCUGUUUGGAGCUAUUGCGGGACCAGAAGCACAAAGUGUGGUUUCCCAAGCCUUUGUCCAUCUCAGCCCCCGAAGUAUAUCUGUGCUUGGGGAAUCUCACACAGAAACUCAGGAGCACCCCCUGCCUGAGCUAAGGGAGGUCUUAUCUCUCAGGGGGGUUUAAGUGCCGUUUGCAAUAAUGUCGUCUUAUUUAUUUAGCAGGGUAAAUAUUUUAUACUGUAAGUGAGCAAUCAGAGUAUAAUGUUUAUGGUGACGAAAUUAAAGGCUUUCUUAUAUGUUUA